GAACGUGUUACAUAAAAAAGAUUCCAGACGGAUACAAAUCCCUGCAAAAGGCUGGUUCUCCGUUCGUGAGAUCCAGGAAGCAAGUAAUUUGUGGUUAAAUCCCAUCACAUAACCAAUGGCACACACGGGCUGGCGAGAUGCUCCUGACCUCCCAGACUUCUCUUUGCUCAAGAGACUGGCGAGGGAUCAGCUGAUCUACCUGCUGGAACAGCUACCAGGCAAAAAAGACCUGUUUAUUGAGGCAGACUUAAUGAGCCCUUUGGAUCGUAUUGCUAAUGUCACCACAUUGAAGCAACAUGAAGUAGACAAGCUGUACAAAGUUGAACAUAAGCCUAUCAUCAGCACUUCAGAUCAACUAUGCUUCCUCAUACGGCCACGAGUGCAAACUGUUAAAUGGGUUUGUGGUAUUGUCAAUAAAGACAAGGCAGAAGGAAGAUUUAGGAGAUACAAGAUCAUAUUUACCCCACAAAAGUUUUAUGUUUGUGAAACAGUUCUUGAAGAGCAGGGGGUCUAUGGUGAUGUGACCACAGAUGAAUGGGCCUUUUAUCUCCUUCCCUUGGAUGAUGACAUCAUCAGUAUGGAGCUUCCAGAAUUCUUCAGAGACAACUUUUUGGAAGGAGACCAGCGAUGGGUGACAACAGCAGGAAGUGCGCUGCACCUGUUGCACUCCCUCUAUGGUCCCUUCAGCAAGGUGUAUGGGAUUGGCCGAUGCGCUAAGGUGGCCUAUGAGUCUUGGAGAGAAUUGCUGGAGGAGGGGGAACAGAAGCCUCAGAAACCACAUAUUGGAAAUGUUUUUCUAAUUGACAGAGAUGUUGACUUUGUCACUCCUCUUUGCUCACAAGUAGUCUAUGAAGGUCUUGUGGAUGACAUAUUCAGAAUUAAAUGUGGAAGUGUAGAGUUUGGCCCUGAUGUCACUUCCUCUGACAAAAGUAUUAAAGUGAUGCUGAACUCGCAAGAUAAGGUGUUCAGUGAGAUCAGGAAUGAGCAUUUCUCCAAUGUGUUUGGCUUUCUAAGCCAGAAGGCACGGAACCUCCAAACUGCAUAUGAUAAACGGCGUGGUAUGGACAUAAAACAGAUGAAGACAUUUGUUUCUGAGGAGCUGAAGGGCUUGAAACAGGAACAUCGGCUCCUUAGUUUGCAUAUUGGAGCUAGUGAGUCAAUAAUGAAAAAGAAAACGAAGCAAGAUUUUCAGGAGCUCUUGAAAACAGAGCACUCUUUACUUGAAGGUUUUGAAGUGCGUGAAUGUAUUGCCUUCAUUGAGGAGCACAUCAACAGACAGGUUUCAAUGAUUGAAAGUCUGAGGCUUCUUUGUCUGCUGUCUAUAACAGAAAAUGGUCUGCUUCCCAAGGAUUAUCGGUCACUAAAGGCCCAGUACCUUCAAAGUUAUGGUAUAGAACACUUACUGACAUUUGCAAAUCUGCGGCAACUGGGAAUUCUGGUAGAGCAGCAACCAGGAGAGACGCUGACAGUAAUGGAAAGUAAAGUGGGCAAACUGGUCAAUGACAAGACUGCAGGAAAGCUCACUGAAACAUUUUCGUCUUUGGCGAAGAAAAGUAAUUUCCGGGCACUGAGCAAAAGACUGACUCUGGUACCAAAGUCAGAUGAGGAAUACGACCUGCGAGUACCCAAAGACAUGGCCUACAUCUUUAGUGGUGCUUAUGUCCCUCUCAGCUGUAAACUGAUUGAGCAGGUACUGGAGCGGGAUGGCUGGACAGGAUUAGAAGAGGUCACUCGAAUGAUAAGUGGCCAUGAAUUUGCAGUCAGUGCCGGAAGCAAUGGAGGUGAGGCCAGAAUCAAGACUGAUGCCCAGCGGAUCAUCCUGGUGAUGUUUCUGGGUGGCUGCACAUAUUCUGAGAUCGCGGCCCUGCGGUUCCUGGGGAAGGAGAGAGGUCUGAAGUUCAUUGUGGUGACAACAGCCAUAACAAACAGUGCCAGAAUGCUGGAGGCACUGCUAGACCACUGAGCAUCGGAUGAUUUCUCCUAGUCAGGGAGGGUAUGUCAAAACCAGGACCAAAAGUGGAGUAGACAUUUCAGGGACUCUCCAAUCUUCCCAGCCCAUACUGUACAGAACUCUGCACCUGUGCCGAUACUGCUCAAGAAUGAUUCAUCUGUGCCUAUGCCACUGGCUACUAUAGAUUCAUCACCUGCAGACCAGUAGUGAGAAGGCUGAAGAAAUUCAGGCCUGGGUAGACGGGAAGUACUGAAUGGACAGUCACUGGAAAAUUCUGUAAAUGUAUCUGCAUAUUUCUGCAUAUUUAUCUUGGCAGUAACUAAUAAAGGUAUUAACCUUU